UAAAUGCGAUGAGAGAUUCCUUCACGAAGAGAAUUUUCAGACUCAUAUGAGAAUGCACUUUCAGAAGGGGCUGACCUACUGCCUCAAGUGUGGGAAAGGCUUCUAUCGCAAAGCCCAGCUAGACAGACAUAUGGAGUCUCACGCAGGGAAGUUCCCUUGUAAGCAGUGUGGUAGAGAAUUCUCCAGUCAGGCAGGAAGGACAAUUCAUCUCAACAGUCACAAGGAGAAACAAACCAAUUCUACAGAAAAGUUUCCUUGUGAGGAGUGUGGCAAAGAAUUCUCUACAUCAAUAGGAAGGACUGUUCAUCUCAACAUUCACAACAAACACAAACAGACCAUUAAUUGUCCAAUAUGUGACAGAGUUUUUAAGAAAAAUUUAUCUAUUUAUGAGGACCACUUAAGGGAACAUGAGCUAGCCACCCUGUUCAUCUGUCCUGUCUGUGGCCAUGGUUUUAGUUCUAAAGUAGAGCUAACUUGUCACCAGAAAAAACAUCUGGAGAAGAUGGAGGGGGCCAGUUCACAUGUACUUAGUGCAGUCCGAGGUCUGGUCAAUCAAAGACGAUGAUGGUGUCUCAAAAUCUCCAUGGUGAAAACAAUAUUCUAGCAGAAAACAGUAUAAAAUUGAGAGGAAGAUUUCAACAGGGAGAUUGGUUUGUUGAUCCUGCAGUAAAAAAAAAAAUAGUUUGAAACAGACAGAAAUCUCCAAAUGAAAAUCAGGAUUUUGCCUCAGUUUCAGUGAAAGUUGAAUGACAAUAGCCAAAAAGUUAUUGUACCAGACAAAACAAAGAGAUACCUACUCAGGCUCAUUGAAUCCUAGUCAGUUGUUCUGCUGACCAAAAAAUAAACCUGCUUGAUUGACACUGUGAAAAAAAGUGGAUGCAUGCAUAAUGAAAAUGAAAGUACAUGUAGAUGAGUAAACUGAAAGUACAAAUGGAGAGGAAUGGUUCUGAGAAAAUUGAGAAACUUAGCAGAACUAGUUUGACAAAUAUCUGCCUUGUCAAAGAAAAAAAAUAGGAAACAUAAUAUAUAAAAAUUAUUUUUAAUAUAAUUUAAUGUGUAUAAUUUAAUGUGUAUAAUUUAAUGCAAUGUAACAUUAAAGAGAGUAUCUAGUCAAAAGUAUAUCUGAUGGCUUUUAUAAGUUUUGUUUUAUAUUUAUUACAUUUAUGAUGUAUUUGUGAGUCAGUGAGUGGCAGGAGAGAAGAAAAUAUGACUGUAAAUUUACUAAUAUAUAAUACUUAAAUGUACAUAUAGAA